CCAGUCCUUCAAAUACAAUCUAGCUGAAAAUUCAAACCGAAGCACCUUCCUUUCCUUAACCAGCAAUGGCGGGUGCGCAUUGCGCCACCUUCCCUUUCCUCACGCCUCCAAUCUGCUCCGCCGCCAAACCAACCAAACCCAUCCUAUCAGCCUCGAUUGCCCUACCAUCAAAGCCCACACGACGGAAAAACUAUCUGCGCCCGAAAAUCCUCAAAACCCUAGCUGAACCCGACCCGCCACCCAGAACCCCUCUCCUUCCCGAACAACCCCUAACAAGCCCCGUAAUUCCCAUUGAGUCCCCCGUAACCCAAUAUGAAAACGACUCUAAUCUCGAGCGUAGCUCCGACCAAGGCGACGUCGUUGCCGGAGAAGUCAAUAAGGUCGAGGAAUUCAGCGUAUCUGAGACGACCCCGGAGUAUAAUGGCAUUGUUGGUAAAUUAUCUGCGAAGUCUGUCCUUAAAUUUGGGGCGUAUUUGGUUGGGGCUUAUUUGUUUCAGGCGUUUUUUACUGUUUGGCUAUUGGGAAAUGACAAUCCUGAUGAGGAAAAUAGGAAAUCCAAGAGUUCAGGUUUAAGUUUAUCCAAAGGGAAAGUUUUGAAUACAAAUGUUGGGUCUGGAUUGAGCAAUGUGGUUUAUUUGGAUGAGCUCCAGUUGGAUGAGAAAAUAGAAGAAAUUAGAGCAAUGGCAAGGGAAGCGCGAAAGCAAGAGCAAAAGGAAGGGAAGGGAAAUGUUGGUGACGAAGAUGAUGUUAUUGAUGAAAGUUCGAUGCCAAGGAAUAGAAUCGGUAUUGAAAAAGAAGUCGGGGAGCGGUUGCUUAAGUUGCACAAUAGGUUGAAUUCUAAAAGGGAGAAGUUACAGGGUCCAUAUGUGAAAGACUUUGGAAAGCAUGAGAAUAGUGAAGAUGAGAAUUUGAAAGAGGGGGAAGGGGGAUUGAUGUUUAAGAAAAAGCUUAAAUUUAAGGCUGAGGCGAAAAGAAGUCCCAAGGGAUUUGGAGGUUUGGAUGAGCAUGAUGAAAACCGGCCAGAGUUGGAUUUCGAACGAAGUGUUUCUGAGACUUUGGAGGAAGAACCCAAAUUGUUGCAAGAUGAUGGGAACCAUUUGGACAAAGGAACUGGAAAAAUGGAUAGUGGAAAGGACAUAGGAGUUGGAACUACUGAAUCAAAGAAUGGUACCGUCCAGAGGACAAGACGAGGGAGGUCAUCUGAAGGAGUAAAGUCAAAAAAAUCAAGAGAGUUGGGGAAGAAAAAGUCUCGCUUGAAGAAAGAAGUCCACGAAACUACCAUAAAAUCUGGUGAUCAUGUAAAUGGCAGUUCAAGACACAAAGAAGCUGGAAAGGAACGAGUGCCUAACAAAGUCAGUGGCAAUAGAUCGAAGAAUGAGAUUGAUCCAUGGUGGUUGGAUCUUCCUUAUGUUUUGGUUAUUCUGAUGCGGAGAGGUUCUGGUAGUGAGGGGCAAGGAGGACUUUAUACCUUAAAGUUCAGUUCUCAGCCCCAAAACCAGAGAGAUUCUUCAUAUACUGUUGCUUUCGAGGACCGUGCUGAUGCCAAUAACUUCUGUUUCCUAUUGGAGUCUCUUUUUGAAGAUCUGGGUGAUUUCAGUGCUGAUAUUGCUCCUUUGCCAAACAAAGAACUUCGUGAAGCAAUAAAAUCAGAUAACAUGAAGGUAAUAUUUGUGAAAAAGGGGCAGCUUCCGCUGUAUGCCGGGCAACCUUUUGAAGAAGUUGAGAUGGCUUUGCGCUCUUUGGUUGAACAUGAUUGAAAUUUUGGUUUUUUUUCCUGUUUCAAGUGCUGCCUCCAAUCAGGGUGGCUUUUGGUUUUAGGGUUCUAUAAUUUCUGAUGUUAGGAUGGCUUGGGUCUCCCUAAUCUCAACUGAAGGUUUGUUAGGGUAAACUGUGAAUAUGUUAUUUCCUUGUGGUUGUGGAAUAUGCAAGAGCAGAUAUGAAUGACCCGGUUGUCACAAAAUAUAACGAAGGGUGCAGUUUUUGCUCGUAGGGAUGUCUUUUUAUUUCUUUCUUUUCAAUCAAAUGAUUUCAACGGGAAAUCUUUCAAACGUAGGAUUCAUAUAUUCAAACUAAUAGACAAUGGCAUGGGAAUAGCUUAGAUGAGUUAUGUUGACUUUCACUUGUACAUGUAUUGAGCAGCUGAUUUUAAUCUGCUGGUGGAAUGAAUUUAAUCUGUUUUUGGGAUAUUGAGCAGAUGAUUUU